UCAAGUUAAAAGAGAAAAAUAAUAUAUGAUAUCAUAGAUUGACAAAUGGAAGAAUCCAAAAAGACAAAGUUUAGGAAAUCAAAUCAUCUGAUCAUCAACAACACAUCAAUCAAUCUCAUCAGCAUCAGCAGCACACCAACGAGUUCUUGAACCAUUGAUUGAUGCAUGAAUGAAUCGGUGGGAUUUUAACUGUCUUUUUCAUUCAAAGAGUGGUAAAUAUUCUCCACGAGUCUAACAACAUAGAAACAGACAAUAUCAAUAACAUAAAUAGGGUACGAAAGAUAGCCCACUUUCUUUCUAAAUUUUCAUUUUACGAUAUCGAGUACACCCACAGAGAGAAGAAACGCAACUUUUUGAGUCCCCCAAAGAAAUUUGUAGUAAGCCAUCACAGGCAUAUUAAAAAAGCUGAAGAGGCUGCAGCUGAUGCUUUUGUUGUUGUUUUGUAGUCAGGGAAAGGUGUAGGGGACCAUUGUAUAUUAUAUAUAUGCUUAUAUUUAAUUCAUGUCCUUUUACUAAAUUUUCACUUGUGUUGCAUAGCUGAGUUUUAUAGGUUUUGUUGGUUUGCAUAGAUCUUGCAGAGGUCUAUCGCUUGCAAGAUUUCAGCUGCUUCUCAAUGCAUGCUUGGACAGAGAAAGUAGAGAGAGAAUCUUUUUGCUUUUUGCGAUAAAUCUAGUAACAUUUUAACCAAAGUUGAGGUACGUUUCCAAACUCUAAAUUUGUUUCUCUUUGCUUUCCUCAUUUUGCAAACUUCUUUAAAUCUUGGUUUCCAAAGUUUCUUCCUUUUCUUCUAAGUAUUACAGUAAGCGUAAUUCUCCUUUAUCAUCCAUCUUCUUGUUGUUCUUCGUUCUUUAUUUUCUUUAACUCAUGGGAGCUUAUAAUCGGUGGAAAUUUUGACUGAUUGCAAAAGAUUUUGUUUAAGAGUUCGGGUUUGCGAAAAAUCUUGUUUGGGUUCUUGUUUGCUGAUCAUGGUGUCACCAGAUUCCAAUACAAACUCUAACAACAUUCAUCAAUUUCUCAUUUCAAACCCAACCCACUAUGAAAGUCAACCUUUUGAGGCUUAUGGAGUUGACUUGAGAGGCCUUGGCUCAUACCAACAUCAAUCACUCAAUGUACUUCCCACCAUUCAGUCUUUUGGCGAAAGAAUUUCAAGAUCCAUUGAUCUUAUUCAAGCUCCUUCAAUGGCGGAAGAACAAGAACUUAACCAACAUCACCAUAACCAGAAACUUUCACUUUCUUUAGGUUCUGGUUUGCUCUUUCCUUCCACAGCUGAAUACAGAGGGGAAAGAUGUUACUUGGUUUCCGAAGAAGAAUUACAAGAAAAAACAAGAAAAGCUUUUAACCCUUCAGAUUAUUCUUCUUCGUCUUCACUUAACCAAUCUUCAUCCACGUUUUAUGGAACAGAAUCGCUCUCGAUAUCAGUUGGUAGUUCGAGGUACCUGAAACCAACUCAGUCUCUUCUUGAAGAAGUAGUUAGCGUCGGUGGGAAGGAUCUUGAAUCAAGCAACAAGUCUUAUGCGUGUAAAUUAUCAUGUUCGGGUAGGCAAGGUUCGCUAGGGUUAUGUUCAGAACUAAAAGCAGAAUUAUGCAGUAAUGGGUUGCCAUUUGAGAAACAAGAACUUCAAGCGACAUUAGCAAAGCUCAUUUCUUUAUUAGAAGAGGUGGAGAGAAGAUACGAUCAAUAUUAUCAGCAACUAGAAGAUGCGGUUUCGUCAUUCGAAAUGAAUGCAGGUUUAGGAUCAGGGAAGUCAUACACUGCAUUAGCACUAAAUGCGAUGUCAGGACACUUUUCGAGCUUGAAAGACGCAAUUUUGUCACAGAUUUAUGCAACCCGAAAGAAAAUCUUGCAAGAUUUACCAAGAAUCAACAUGGGUUUGUCGCAACUCAGCUUGUUCGAUAAAGAAAAUAAUAGACACAACCGUAUAGCCCUUCAACAGCUUGGAAUGAUGGCUAGCCCACGACAAACGUGGAGACCAAUUCGUGGUUUGCCGGAGACUUCUGUCAUGAUACUUCGAUCUUGGCUCUUCGAGCAUUUUCUCCACCCGUAUCCGAACGACAGUGAAAAACUUAUGUUGGCAUCACAGACGGGAUUGUCAAAGAACCAGGUGUCGAAUUGGUUUAUAAAUGCUAGGGUCCGAUUGUGGAAACCAAUGAUCGAGGAAAUGUACAAGGAAGAAUUUGCAGAUUCAUCCGAGGAUUCAAACUUGUAACAUGGUACAAAGAAGGGCGUCACAGAACCUGGAUAAUGAAGGUUGCAGCGAUGUUAACAUCUGUGAAAUGUGUAGGAUUUUAAUGGGAUUUUCAUAGUCAAAGACUAGAAAUGAAUGCACACUUUUGUCAUCAAGUUAAUUGGAUGAAAUUGUCCUAGGGUUGAACUUUUUGACCUCAAAAGGGUAACAAAUAAGUGUUCAUUAAUGGAUCUACAAGCAUCUAAUUUUGUGGCAAGUAGUACUUGUAUUUGAUGAGUCAUUUUCAUUUAUGAUGACUGUUAUAAGUUCUAUAAAUGAG